AUGGUUAAACGCGUUCCAGACGAUAACCUCGCGAUGAGCUUCCACGUGCUGUACGCAAGACGUUGCACUCAGGCCGGUCUGAGGAUUGAUCAUCUCCAAAUCCUACCUCUCGCGACGCUCGUAUUCUCAUCUCGACGUUCGCUUCUGUAUUUAUGCCCGCGUCUCGACUACGCGUCGCCGGGGUUGUAG